UGUUCGAUUCAAUGAGAAUGGCCCGAAUUCAUUAUUUAUUGAAUAACGCCAAUGAAAUGAUUACGAUGUCAUUUUAUAAGAUAGUUUAAAUCAAACCAGAACCAUGACCGGAGAACAAAAAACCGAAAGUUUAUUCUAUUAAUCUGUUUCCAGUGUCAACUGUUUGAAUAUGAAAUGAUAUCAAUGUUUUAGCUUAUCUGGAGCGCAAAGUCGUAGCACCGUAGCCACUUUCGUGAGAACUAUAAAAUCCGGAUUACACCAACAGAGUACUAUCAGUAUUAUUUAGCAUCACAAUCAUGAAGCUUCUAAUAGCAGUUACUAUCCUGGCUUUAGUAAAGCUAUCAAGCCAAGCCGAUUAUUGUAAUAAGGCGCUGUGUAAAAAAGACAAGCAUGUCGCCUGCAAUGGACUUACUUCUCUGAGCCCAUCAUGCGGUGCGAAAGCCGAAAUGGUCGUCCUGGAUGACAAGCUCAAAACUCUGAUCGUUGAUAAACAUAAUCAGCUUCGUAGCAAAAUCGCCAGUGGUAAGCAAGCACCUUAUCCACAAGCUGCUCGUAUGGCAACAAUGCAAUGGAAUGCUGAAUUGGCAGAUAUUGCUGUCCACAACGCAAGAAGCUGUAAUUUCGCUCACGACAAGUGUCGCAACACCAAUGCCUUCAAUGCAGCCGGCCAAAAUCUUGCCAUUAAAUCCUACUACGGGCAAACAUUCACAGAUACUGAACUUAUUAAUGGAUUCAUUGAUGCUUGGUAUGAUGAAUAUUCCGACGCAAAUCCAAGUUUUGUUGCCAAAUAUCCAGAGAAUUAUAGCGGACCGAUGAUUGGACACUUCACCCAAGUCGUUUCGGCCAGUAGCACACAAGUGGGUUGUGCGCUGGUUAGCUAUGAGACUGCACCUUGGUUGAACAAAUAUUUCGUGUGUAACUACGCCCGGACCAACAUCAUCGGCCUGCCAGUUUACGAGGCUGGAAACUCCUGCUCCAAGUGUACGGAGGGUUGCAACCCGAACUACCCUGGUUUGUGCAAUCCAUCGGAACCGAUCGAUCCAAGAGUGUUUCGGAUUACAGUUACUGUCUUGGCUUUGGUAGAACUAUCUACCCAAACUAAUUACUGCGAUAAAGCACUAUGUGGACCAAAAAAACAUGUUAGCUGCAAUGGAUUGACUUCGUUGGCCCCAUCGUGUGGCUCGGAGGCCAAGGUCAUCCCCAUGGAUGAUAAGCUGAAGGCUUUGAUCCUUAAUAAGCACAAUGAGUUCCGCAGUAAGAUUGCUACGGGAAAACAAGCACCGUACUUACCAGCUGCUCGUAUGACUACAAUGCUAUGGGAUACUGAGUUGGAAAAUCUUGCUGGCGCCAACGCCAUGAGCUGUAAUUUCGGUCACGACCAGUGUCGCAAUACUGAUGCCUUCAACGCAGCCGGCCAGAAUAUCGCCAUCAAAUCGUACUACGGAAAGACGUACACUGACGAAGAGAUUAUUACUGGAUUCAUUGAUGCAUGGUAUAAUGAAUUCGCUAAUGCUAACCAAGCUAUUAUAGACAAAUAUCCGAAAGAUUACAAAGGACCGAUGAUGGGACAUUUCACCCAAGUCGUUUCAGACCGUGCCGCUAAAGUAGGUUGUUCAUUAGUUCAAUACAAGACGGAUGGAAAGUGGAUCAACAAGCUCAUGACAUGUGAUUACUCCAUAACCAACGUUGUCGGCCAGCCAAUUUACGAGGCUGGAAACGCCUGCUCCAAGUGUACGAAGGGCUGCAACCCGCAGUAUCCUGGAUUGUGCAAUCCAUCUGAACCGAUUAACGCAAGAAUUUAGAAAAUUGGGGUUCAAUUCAAAUUUGAAGCUAUGAAAUAAAUGAAGUUUUCUCAAAGCAUA